AUGCACGCUCUCAUAGUUGAUCAUAAUGACAUUAACCGGUUGGUUAUGGAGAAGAUCCUCAAAAAGUUAGGUGUUACCGUUGAUGUGGCUGCGACCAGUCAGCAAGCGUUGGAAUAUCUGGAGCGGUGUAUCCAUGGCCUGGCUUUAAGAAGGCCAGAUGUUAUUUUCAUGAAAAUGAAAAUUGGCCCCGUUGACGGACUCGAAACGACUCAUAUCAUCCGAACGCAACCUCCUUUCUCUACUGAUCUCAAAACCCUUUCUACGCCCAUAAUAGCCCUAACCAAUCACUCAAUUUUGCCCUCGUCACCCAGCCAUCUUUGGGCUCCAUUUAUUAGAGACGGCGAAAUUCGAUUUCCAGUGAGACUGACCGACGUUGCAAAGGUUAUGAAAUCAGUUAGGUUCGAAGUGGUUCCAGCUGCAACGAUCCCUGGGAACCAGUGCAAUAAUGCUUCAUUUGCAAGCCACAACAACAACAGCUCGCAUUGCCCAGGUGGAGUUGCCUCGACUCUAGGUUCCAAUAUUCUUUUUGUCUUCUUAAACCAUCAAGUACACAUGUUCAUGACAACCAACGCUCUGAUGAUUACCUCAGAUGCAUUCGUAAAGUCCCAUGGUCCCAUGUCUUCUUCAUGGGUAUUUGAACUAGGGGACUUCAUCAAGGAGGCAGUUCUGGCUCGGCAAGGUUCAGGCACGCGGCUAAACCCCCUUUCCUAUGAUGUCAUCGCGAAGGCAGCAGUCACCGCCAUUUUUCGUUUUGAAGGAAUCCAAUAUCGAAACAACUCUACUCCGCAUAAUCCGAAGGUUUGCGACCGUCUCAAAACAAAUAUUCUUUUGACAAAUGAGAAGGGUUUCUGUUCAGGGUUGUCGGUUUCGCCCUUGCUAUUCUGUGACCUGCCAGUGGUGGGCUGUGGACCUGUGAGCUUCCUGGUCACGCAUGUUCGCAGCCCCGCCAAUUCUUUUGCAUGCAGGAAAGGAUCCUUGCAUCUUGCUGCUUCUCUUCUUCCUGAAGAGCUAGGCAACUGUGCGAGGAGCAGGCUCAAUCCAUGCUCCACAUUCCAGGAUGCUUCAUACAUAAAAUCUUCAGGAGCGACGACUCUUACAGAGAUGAACCGUGCGUACUGGAAUCUCAUCUGGUCAUUCCCGCUUUUUCCAUACGCUGUUUCGGUUAUGAGUGGCAGAGCUGCGGCUCUGCUGCAUUACGGCCACGGUGUACGCCUUUAUGAAAGAUAUUAUAAAAGAUUACCUCAGGCUCUCUACCAAGCGAUGCUGGAGGGUGCAAACCCCCAAACUCGCCAUUUAUCAAACCAAAAACGAUAUCUGAAUCACCCUCUGGAACCACCACAACUUCAGCCAGAGAGCCGUGAAAACCUGCAGUUUCAUCACGUAAGGUCCUCUUCAUACCCACAUCAAGCCAUUCCGCCAGGCUACCAACGAGGACACAAAUUUCGAUUUCCUUGCUCGAAAUUCGCCUCGCGGGUUUCCGCGGAUAAAUUCACACCAGCGGAGAUCCAAGGGCAUCUACUAAAGACUCGUCAAAGGAGGAUGUGGAUGGAGUGGAGGAGUGGGUGA